AUGGCGGCCGAACCCGGGAGGGCUCAAGAUUUUGAGCCUAAAUUUGAAAAUGAUGGGGAAAUGAUCAUUGUAGGGAAGACGAUCCUCAAUCCUGUUCUUCCUGAGUUUGAUGAGAGCUUUUUGCAAUGGAAGAAACAUUAUUGGGCCAGGAAAUUAAAGGAAGACGGCAUCAAAAAUAUUGUUGCACCAAUGGUUGAUCAAAGGUAAGUUAAUUUAUUUUUUUCUUGUUGAUUUUUAGGUAAAAUACGAAAUUUUGAUGUAUUUGCUUCAUUGGGACUUCAGUGAGACCAGAAAGGAAAUGAUCAGUGACUUGAAACGGUUUAAAUUUCUGAUCAUGCUUUUUUAUCUACUACAACAUCAAAAAAAAUUAAAAUUUUUAGUGAACUUGCCUUUCGAAUACUCCUCCGAAACCAUGGAGCUCAUCUAUGUUACACUCCAAUGAUCCACGCUCAAUUAUUUGUUUCUAACUUCACUUAUCGUCGUCAAUCUCUGUCGACAAUCCCGUCGGAUCGCCCUUUGAUUGUCCAAUUCUGUGCCAACGAUCCUGAUGUAUUUCUUGAUGCUUGCCGAUUAGUGGAAGGAUACUGCGACGGUGUUGAUUUGAACCUGGGAUGUCCUCAAGUGGUCGCAAAACGAGGUCAAUAUGGGAGUUUUCUUCAAGAGAAACAAGACUUGAUCCGACGAAUGGUGGAGAAGGUCCACAAACAUUGUCGCUUGCCUUUAUCCGUCAAGAUUCGCUGUCUGGAUACCGUGGAGAGGACGCUGGCUUAUGCGAAGAUGUGUGAGGAUGCCGGGGCUUCGAUGUUGACGAUCCACGGACGCCGGCGAGAACAGCGGGGAGUGGAGACGGGAGUGGCUGAUUGGACUCGAAUUAAGGCCGUGGCAGAACAUCUGGACAUCCCCGUCAUUGCGAAUGGCAAUAUUCAGAUGCCGGGCGAUGUGGAACGAUGCAUUCGAGAGACCGGAGCCGACGCGGUGAUGAGUGCUGAAGGCAUUUUGAGCAAUCCCUUCUUGUUUGAAGGUGUUUUGAAGCCCGGAUUCGAAGUGGCCAAGGAGUAUUUAGAGUUGGCUGACAAGUAUAAGGCUAGUACUGCCACGAUUCGCGCUCAUGUCUUCAGAAUGUGCCAUUAUGGGUGGGUUUUGGGCAGUUAUAUUAUACAAGUCAGACUUGAUGGGGAUGGUUAAUAUUUGUGGUUUUUUGAGAGCGUUUUGAAUUGUUAAAAAUAAUGAAAUUAAUGUUGCAGGUUCUUGAAGUAUCCAGAUCUCCGAGAUAGAAAUUCCUACGUCGUAUCAUUGCCAGAAUUCAGAGAAGUGGUCGCCGAAUUGGAACGGCGGUGUUUGGGUGAUGCCAAGAUUGAAGAAUUUGAUGUCUCCGCGAUUGACAGGAACUUGUCGUUUGCUGAAAUGGUAAGAAAAAACAUUAUCAGAGGCCUCCACUUUCUAUUGGAAGACAUUUUUGAUUGCACAUGCUCAUUUUCAGGUCGCUUCCAUCCCAUUUUACCUUUGCAAACCCUACGUCCGAUCGACUCAAUCCCUGGAACAGGUGGAAAAGGACUUUCGACUGCAACGAAAAAUUGAAAUGGAGAAAAUUCAGAAUGAAACUGGCCUCUCAUUCAGACAGAUCAGGAAACGAGAACGUCGACGGAUCGACAUGAAGAAAGAAUUCAACCGAAAAUGCGCCUUCCCGGUCUGCAAAAGGUGUAAUCAGCCGGCCGGAGUGGGAUGUGAGAAUGAUAUGUGUAGGAAGUGCUGCAGAUUUGUAUGUGUACGACAGGCUAAAUUAUGCAAAGGUGAGAAAUAUGGCUGAUUUAGGGGAUAUUGUAGUUGAUUUAAAUUGAUUUUUGACCGAUUUCGUCAAGUACAAUAUAAUUUUUUAAAGAUUUUUUUUGAAAAUUUUUGUUUCUAGUUCACCGUUUUACCCUUGAAACCCUCAAAGAUCGAAGACGCGCCUAUGCGGAACAAAUGGGAAUGUCCGCCGAAGAUCUCGAAGACCUCGAUCUAUCAGAAGAAAGCCAACAAAAAGAGGAAAAGGAAGUUCAGGAAUCACAGCGAUAG